CUCCCAUCAAUUGAUACUCCUGAAUUCCUUCCAUUUUUCACACAAUUCAAACAUUCCCAGAAGACCCUUUUGCUUGAUCCUGAAAAUUGUCAGAAGUAAUUAUCAAAACCACCAUUUCUUUCAGAAUUUCUGGCCUUCUAGCUCCAAUUUUACCCAUAAAAAUCAACAUCUUUUUUUUUUUCCUGUCAGUUUUUCUUGCUUGUAUAAUUUCUGAAUAGCUUAAAUUAUCAGGUUUACUUAUCUAUAAGCAGCUUUUACACAUAAAUAUGGAGGUUUCAGUGAUUGGAAGCUCUCAGGUUAACAAUCUUGGCAGGGUGGAUUUGAGAUAUAGAGAGGUUGGCUUAUGUAGUUUUUCUAAAAAUUUGAACUUUGCUAAGAUUUCUUCACAGAAAUAUUCAGGAUUAUUUGUUGGUCAAAGCAGCAUCUCGUGGCCUUCAAAAUAUUUGUUCCCUUUAAUUGUCAAAGCUUCUGCUACUGCUCAAACUGAAGCUGCUGUUACAUCCGAGAAAGCUUCUGGGACGAGAAGAUCUGAAGUUGACAACAACUUGAUGUUGUAUGUUGGCUUGCCAUUGGAUGCAGUGUCAAGCACUAAUACGAUUAAUCAUGCACGAGCAAUUGCUGCUGGAUUAAAAGCUCUGAAGUUAUUGGGUGUUGAUGGAGUAGAGCUCCCCAUCUGGUGGGGUAUUGCUGAGAAAGAAGCUAGGGGGCAGUACAAUUGGGCAGGAUAUCUUUCUGUUGCAGAGAUGGUCCAAAAGAUGGGCCUUAAGCUUCAUGUUUCACUUUGUUUCCAUGCCUGCAAAGAAUCCCGUGUUCCACUGCCUGAAUGGGUCUCUCAGAUUGGUGAAUCUCAACCUGAUAUUUACUUCACUGAUCGUUCAGGACAGCGCUGCAAAGAUUGUUUAUCACUCAGUGUGGAUGAUCUUCCUAUUUUUGAUGGAAAGACUCCAAUUCAAGUUUACAAAGAGUUUUGUGAGAACUUCAAGACUUCAUUCUCAUCAUUUAUGGGUUCUACAAUAACGGGAAUAUCAAUUGGUCUUGGACCAGAUGGUGAACUUCGAUAUCCUUCUUACCAUAAACCGGCCAAAAGUCAAGGAGCUGGAGAAUUCCAGUGCUACGACAAAAACAUGCUGAGCCAUCUCAAGCAGCAUGCAGAAGCAUCUGGGAACCCUCUUUGGGGACUUAGUGGUCCCCAUGAUGCACCGAGCUCUAACGAAUUGGCAACCUCUAGUGGCUUUUUAAAGGAGCAUGGAGGUUCAUGGGAGUCACAAUAUGGUGAUUUUUUCCUUUCCUGGUAUGCAGGCCAGCUAAUUUCUCAUGGAGAUCGCCUGCUUUCCCUUGCUUCCUCAACUUUUAGCGAUGUCCCAAUCGCAGUUUCUGGAAAGGUUCCACUAAUGCAUUCAUGGUAUCAAACCCGUUCUCACCCAGUGGAGCUAAUGGCUGGAAUCUAUAAUACAGUGAAUAGAGAUGGAUAUGAAGGCAUCAUAGAAGUGUUCUCAAGAAAUUCAUGCAAGGCUAUCCUGCCUGGAAUAGACUUGGCAGAUGAGGACCAGCCAAAGGAAACCCGGUCAAGUCCAGAGUCAUUACUUGAACAAAUCAUAUUCUCUUGCAGAAAGUAUGGAAUUGAGAUAUCUGGCCAAAAUGAAAGGAUUUCAGGUUCUCCUAGUGGUUUCCAACAGAUCAAGAAAAACUUGACAGGUGAAAAUGCAGUAGACUUGUUUACGUAUCAAAGAAUGGGGGCUAGUUUCUUUUCUCCAGAACAUUUUCCUUCAUUCACAGCGUUUGUCCGAGAUCUAAGGCAGCCACAAUUGCAUUCAGAUGAUUUGCCGGUUGAAAAAGUUGAUUCUGCAGAAUCUCUUCCUGAAAAGAAUGUCCAAAUGCAGGCUGCUUAGAGUAGUGAUAUUUUAUGUAUAUAUAGUAGUUAGACACCCCGUUUAAGUCGAGAAUGUAAUUUUAAUACAUCGGAUAGAACUAUGGUUCGGAUCUUCUGAAACUGUCCUGAACUUUAAUAGAUAUCUGGUUAUUUUGCUGUACUACUUUUGUUACUUUCCAGGAAUACAAUAAUAUUUCCCCCUUUUUUUUUGUGAA